AUGGCAGGCCCUUCGAGCAGUGUUUACAACGUCAAUGAGAAGGUCUUGUGUUACCAUGGGCCCCUCAUAUAUGAGGCAAAAGUUCUUAAAGUCGAACACUGGGAUGAAACCACGACAAAGCUAGGCAGUGUUGGUCCGCACUAUCUCGUGCAUUAUCGCGGCUGGAAGCAAACAUGGGACGAAUGGGUUCCACCACAGCGGCUGCUCAAGUUCAACGAGGUGAACAUCGCACUCCAAAAGUCUCUCAUACAGUCAUCAAAGGAAAUAGCCGCUCAAAGCACGAAUGCGAAAGCUUCGGCGACGACCAAGGCUCAGCCUGUAGGUCGGCGGAAGGAGGGACGAGGGACGAAGCGCGGUAGAGAUGAUGAUGAUGGCACAAGACGUCCUGAGCUGCGCCUUGUGAUACCUGAGAUUCUUAAGGUCCUUCUUGUCGAUGACUGGGAGGCUGUUACCAAGAACAAUCAGCUUGUUACCUUACCACGAAACCCUUCCGUGAAGGACAUCUUGACUGACUUUCAGAAUUCUGUUCUCGCUUCGCCCGCCCCUCAACUGCGUGAUCCUACGACGGUCUUGCCAACCAUCAUCGCAGGUUUACAGACAUACUUCGAUCGCGCUUUAGGGGCCAAUCUCUUGUAUUGUUUUGAAAGACCACAAUAUGCCGACAUAAGGAAACGAUAUGUGACAGGGCCCACUGUUCAAGUCGGACAGGAGCGUGAGAUGAGCGCCGUCUACGGUGCCGAGCAUUUGUUACGCAUGAUCGUGAGCCUACCGCAAAUGGUUGCGGGAUCAACGAUGGAUCCCGAAAGUGUCGCCUUGGUUCGUCAUUACGUUACAGAACUCAUGAAUUACAUGAUCAAGGAGCGCGACCAAAUAUUCCAAACUAAAUAUGACUCAGCGUCCCUGCAAUACCAAAAUGUAUCCCGUUCGUAA